AUGGCAUCGGACGAGUCGUUACCAACUCUCAAGAUCUUGAUGAUCGGACCUUCAGGGUCAGGGAAAUCAGCAUUACUUAUACGAUAUUGCGACAACCAGUUCGACAACGAAAGUUCCACUGCAACGAUAGGAGUAGAUUUUAAACUCAAAAGACUCUCCGUCCACGGCCAACCCUACCGACUCAACCUCCUCGACACCGCAGGCCAAGAACGGUUCCGCACGCUCUCCACCUCCUACUACCGCGGCGCCGCUGGUAUCAUCCUCGUCUACGACAUCUCGUCUCGCGAAUCGUUCAACAGCAUGGAGCGCUGGUUCGAGGAGUGCGAGAGUAACAUGAUGGAGGGCGCGAAGAUGUAUCUGGUGGGCGGGAAGCUGGAUAAAGUACAGGGCGCUGGUGGGGAGGCGAAGAGGAAGGUUAGUGAGGAAGAGGGAAGGAGGUUGGCGGAACGGUGGGGGACGGUCGGGUUUAUGGAGUGUAGUGCUAAGACUGGUGAGGGGGUUAAAGCAGCUUUUGCGGAGUGUGUGGAGGGCAUUGUGAAGGAUGGUGGAUUGGUUGCUGCUGGGGGGAGAGGGAGGGGGACGGUGAGUGUUGCUGGUGCGGAGGAGGUUGAUAGCGGGUGUGCUUGUUAA